AUGACAGCGACUGCCGACGAUUUAACCUGUUUGUUAUGUGGCAGGAAAUGGAUGACCGUUCGAGUAAUUGACUUGCUCCGAAAAAUAAACCACCUAUCUCUUGCUCAUCGUGAAGUUGGCGAAGAACAUAACAGUCAAUGCAUGCUCCAAGUGGAUUCUGUGAUUGCACCGAACGCACCGAAAGCCCAGAGAUUGGAAAAGGCACGACUGAUAUAUGGAGAUAGAUUAACUGAUCAGUUUCAUGAAGCAGACACGUUUCUGAAUCCUGAAGAUGAUCUGGAUGACGAAUACUCUUAUAGCGGUUAA